UAAUCGCCAAUCCAAAUGGCCAAGGCAUCAGUUCCAAUGUUGACUAGGAAGUGUGCGAUUCUCUCCGUUUUAUUGCCUUUGCUGGGCGCCGCUUGUGUCCUGGCAUCGGAGUCAUGCUUCUACUGUCGUGGCAUUAACUGUCAAAGGAGCAACUAUCAGGCCACUGAGCAAUGUGUCGAUCAGCUCGAUGCAUGUGUGAGUGUCUUUGAGGGGGGCGUGGUGAGGGCACAGGGCUGCUUGGAGCGACUAGAGGACAGCUGGAGGGAUCAAUGCGAAGGCAAAGUUCACGAUCGAUUGCAGUGCGAGAUUUGUGUAAUCGAUAAGUGCAACAAUAUCAGUUCCCCUCAGCUGUCCUGUGUGCAGUGCAACGAUAAUGAGAAUGAACUAUGCCGAACUGCUCCGGAGCAGCUGGCACCACAAGCAUGUGGCAUAGCUCGCAGUGGACGCAACCUUUGCUAUGCGAGCAUCAAGAACCAACAAGUCGAGAGAGGUUGCUCACUGACCCUUGCAGAGCAGCGCAAUUGCCUGGCCGAUGUCAAUUGUCAACUCUGCGAUCCCUCGGAGAUAUCACAUUGUAACGCUCAGCCUCUUGAGGAGAUCCAAGUGACGACCCUGCCACCAGUUGAUAGUACCAGCUCGACGAGUACAACUUCCUCAAGUUCGACUACGUCGAGUUCGACUUCAUCAAGUUCUAGUUCCAGUUCCAGUAGCAGUUCCAGUUCAACAUCAACUAGUACCACUACAACCACAGAGCAACCCACUAGCCCUUCAACCACAACACCUCAGCCCGGCAGUGCUCAUAGCUUAUAUACGAAAAACAUUCCCAUUUUGCUGUUGGCUUUGCAGUUGGCUAUGUAUUUUUAUGCCCCUAAUAAAUAAUUUGGCAAACAAAAAAG